AUGGCUUCUUACUUUGAUGGCAAUAACACCUACGUCCCAGUGACGGAGGGCGAACCCUUCACUGAUCCUUCCUGGGACUUUAAUCCGUACAACGACUCGCCAUCCUUCACCUACGACUCGACUCCCCUCUUCUCAGAGGACUGGAAGCAGAUCCAGCAGCCUCAGCAGCAGCAGCAGCCAGAAUCAAACGAGCUGUCCAUCAAGGAGCAGCCGUCACAAGCGUCCAUCACACCACCGUCGACGAGCGACUUCCUACCGCCGGACGUCAAUGGACUGCCUUAUCCUUUACAGACUCAGCCAGCUGUCCCUGCAAUGGCCAUGAACACCUUGACCGAGUCGCAAAGACGGAAACUCCAAAGCAUUGCCAUGCCCGCUCACUUGCAGUAUCAGUCUCCCAAGAGCGAGCCCAGUCCCGAGUCGGCUUCCAAGUCGGCUUCCAUGUCACCUAGUGACGGAGGCUCUAAAUCCAAUUGCCGUAAGCGCAAGUCAUCAGUCGAGGACGACGACGAAGACGACGACGAUUUGGAUGGUCCACAUCCCGUGAAGAAGACAGCCCAUAACAUGAUCGAAAAGCGGUAUCGUACCAACUUGAAUGACAAGAUAGCUGCUCUUCGUGACAGCGUACCAAGCUUGCGCAUCAUGUCAAAAAGCUCCCGUGGCGAAGAUACCACAGCCGACAGGGAAGAACUACACGGUUUGACUCCUGCCCACAAGUUGAACAAGGCCACUGUGCUAAGCAAGGCAACCGAGUAUAUCCGCCAUCUGGAGAAGCGCAACGUUCGCUUGGCAGAUGAAAACAGUGCCAUGCAACAGCGAAUCGCCGCGUUCGAGAAAUUAUUCUUGUCCGGCGCUAUGAACGGUGCCAUCAGCCCAAUCCAGCAGGCACCUACUCCGGGCCAGUAUCCACGUGAUGCGGUGAGAAUGAACCGUUCACCACCCAUGCCCACGACCUCGGGCCCUCAUGCGGAACCUCAGGGCAUGAUGACUGUUCCCGAAGAUAUGAAGCGCAUUCUUGCCGCUCAAAUGGCUGUGGGACAGCCGUAUCCAGUUCCCCAACAGCCAUUCCGGAGACCCGACCCAGCCAUGGUGAGGCAGCAACAAAUCCAUCAACAGCAGCAGCAGAUGCAAGCUGGAGCGUGGCAAAAUACUGCUCCCUACUUUGGCAAGCUUAUGGUAGGCUCGCUGGCUGGGUUGAUGAUACUUGAGGCUGUUCGCGAGAAUGAAAAGAGCGACGACAGAAGCACUGCCCGCGGACUUUCUUCAUUGCCAUUCAACCUGCUCGGCUCACUCAUUUCAUCCUUGAACAUCGAUUUCAUGGGCUACCAUCUAGAUGCCGGGGAGAUUCUUACUUCUCUCAAGUAUGUAUUGGUGCUUUGUUGUCUUUGGUGGGCAAUCAUUCCAUCGCUAUUCAGGAAAAGCCCCCCAAAGCCGAAAACUUCCACCCAAGGUCCAAGCUCUCUUGGAGCCGCUCCUUCUCCAGCAUCGCCAAUUCAUGUUCGUCGGCAAGCCUGGCUCACCGCUAUCCAAAAUGUCUGGAUCCCUCGCCACAACUUCUUCCUUGAGGCUGCAGCACUCGGCCUAAAAACAAUGAAGCUUAGUCUGCGAAACCUCAUUGGCGUCAGCGGAUAUCAGAUGUUGACUGGCCUUUCGGAAGAGCAGGAAGCCGCUCGUGUCAAGGCCUGGUCUAUUGCUCUUGACGCACAGUUGGCUGGCGGUGAUGUGGAGAUCAACAAGAGCCGUCUGACACUCACUCUUGUUGCGUCUGGCACUUUGCCUGACACGCCCCUGCGACUCAUGCUCAAGGCACUUCAUAUUCGUAUCCUGCUGUGGGAAGUAGGCUUGACGGGUGUGCAGCUCGGCAUUUUUAAUACGAUAGCCUCAAAGAUGGCACGAUCUAAAUGGAACGAGGCUCGAGAUCUCCACCGCCUAUCAAAGCAGUUGCGCCGCGGAGGCAAUGAGCAAUAUGAGGACGAUCUGCCUGACCACCUCACCAUACUACUCGAGCAAGACGCUGAUGAGGUAUUCAACCAGAGUGUUGUCCAACGCGCUCACAAUCUGGCGUGGAACCGACCCACCGACCUUGAUGCUAUUGGUGUCACCGAUGGCAUGGACGCGGUGGUUGAGGAUACCGCUAUUCGUUCUCCGAUGGAUGCUGUGGCAGCUUGGUGGUCGACCUUGACUCUUCAGAGCGCCCUCACGAACAGCCUCUUGGUCAGAGAUGACGAAGAUGGCGAGAUCACACAAAAUGUUGAAGACGGUAUCAUGCUAGCCCUGAGAGUUGCUCCAGUCGGCUCAAUCGCACAAAAUCGUGCCCUCGUAGCUCGCGCUGUCCUCUUCAACGAGAAGCGCGGUGCCAAUAUUGCAGCCGUCAUCCAGGCUAUCGGCCCUUACACCGCAUCUCAGGACUGCUGUGGUGGCCACGACGACGAAGAGACGGCACCUGAUACUCCUAAUAUCGACAUUCCCGACUCCAUAUCAUCACAGGCCGAGGUAUAUAUGUCUCUUCAAUGCGCCAAGGCAAUUGCCCAUCUGCAACGAUACGCACCGCCUGAAGAGCCCACUAGCGUCUAUCCCAUUAUCGAGAAUGAGAUUGACGUGACAAAUGAAUUGUCGUUACUCGGCUACACUGCUGCCUUCACCUUGAUGAACCGUCUUGCUGGCCACGAAAUCGCCGCGGAGACCUGCAGCCGUGCUCUUGAGAAGCUCUCAGGUAAUCUGCGGAUAUGGAUAGGCAAGGACAGCUGGCUGGAUUCUGAAGUGAAGCAGGAGAUGGUGGAACGAUGCUUAGCCGUCACCCGUGGCAUGGUCGGGAUGGAUAUUGACACCGACACCGGCUACGGCAGCAUGAGCGACUCCGAAGUCGACCACGACGCUGGAUUCAGUAGCGACUCUGAACAAUUUUCAGUCUCUUCGGCCUCGGACUCUUGA